GCCCCCUCUCUAACUCCGGUCAAAUAACACAGAGCUGAGAGAGAAAAGUCGAGGGAAGCCACAGACGGCUCUUCUCUCGGUGGCUCUGAGUUCUGCACGCUUCCUCUGGGACUGUGGGGAACGUGGGAGAAUGGGAACUGCCCGACUUCACCUCCCGUGUUUACAGGCUAACGAGCGUCCGGAGAUUCCUUCAUCCAAUAGAGCCUCUUUGGUUUUAACCGGCAUGGACAGAGGACGGAAGCAGCCUUGUGCGGAUAACUAAGGGGAUUUCUCUAGACGGGAAUAUCGAGGGAAACAUGACAACUCUUAAUGGGAUAACCAAGAUACUUUAGGAAAGAUGAACCCAGAGUCACUGGACUCCUCCAUCCAGAGUGCCCUGUCCACUCUCUACCCUCCCUUUGAUGCCACGGCCCCGACUGUUCUCAGCCAGCUCUUCCGGGUCAUAGAGGAGCGUUACCAGGGCGACGCACUCCAGUGCCUGCUGGACUUCCUCAUCCCCGCCAAGCGCAUCCUCGAGAGUGUGCAGCAGGCAGCAUGCGCUGCGUACUCUGAUGUGCUGUUUAGGUGUGAGGGCUGGCCCCUCUGCCUGCGUGAGCGGGUGGUGAUCCAGCUGGCCUCCCUCAACCCGCUGCUCCUGCGCCCGGGUGACUUCUACCUGCAGGUGGCGCCCUUCUCCAACCAGGCCGCCCGCAUCGUCCUCAAGAGUCUGCUGGAGGAGCACCGGCAGGUGGAGGAAACGCCCGUCUCCGAGACCUCCUACCCGUCCAUUUUCACCGAAGGCUGGCUGAGUGCCGUCAACCGCGAUCGCGAUGGCACCCCCCUACGGCACUGCCUGCUGUCCACGGACCAGGGCGUGGUGAAGGUCCCCUGGGCUCAGGUAGCCAACCCAGAGUUUGUGGACAAACCCAAAGCCAUGGCCGCAGCCUCCCCCUCCACUGUCCCAGUCAUGCAGGAAACCCCUCCUGAGCUUCCACCGCCAGUUCCGGUCAGAAACUCCCCUUUCUCAUUGGAGACCAGGAUCCAGCCGGCUAAAGACGGGAUCGCGGUGUCCUUGCGGCUUGUGGAGUGCGGCCACUCCGGGUCAGUCAAGGUGAGCAGGGCUAUGACAGCCGGGAAGCCCGUGGGCUGGGUGUCGCCUAGCACUUGGGACGGUCGCCAUGUUAGCGACCUGGAGGGCGACUAUGUGGACCUGGUGGAUUUCACCAAGGAGAAAGAGGCCCGGACUGAGGCUUCCUUGCUAAAACUCCCAAACAUUAAACCCGUCCGGCCCGUUCCCCCUAUUCCGCCCGCCCCACAGGGGGACCCGCCUCCCUGCCCUCGAACGCUCCGAUUCUCAGAGGAACCCUGCACCCCGUGCCUGAGGAGGAAACUGGGGCAGGCUGUGGAGCCACAGGAGCUGCGAUGCCGGUAUCGGGAUUCCUACAUGGCAGCACUGCAGAACCCGGUCAGCUUUGAGGCCAAAAGCAUGCUGGUCAUCCCAGAGGAGUCCCCCCCUGUCAGUAGCGCUGGCCUGGACUCUGAGAUUGACAGCAAGGCCGCGGGCCAGGCCCAUGGCGGACGCUGCUGUCACUCUGGCCACUCUUGCCAGACUUCCCCUGCCAAGGAAGGGAACACUAAUCCUUUGGGACACUCGGAUGUACAAAAUUUUAAGAUGGCCCAUAAAAACGUGGGAAAGCCUCUCUCCCCUUCCCCGUCCACUGUAUCGGAAACUUCCAGAAAGUGUCCCAUGAUGCAAAGACAGAGCAAAAGGAGCAACAGUGAUAUCUGCCCUCAAAUGAUUCCCAGGAUACAUGUUGUGCAAUGCAAAAAAACCACAGCCUUUGGACUAGUUUCUCCAAAACUGGAGAGACGAAAAUCUUCUAAAAAAGAUGUCACCCUGCCUUGUAAAGCUGGACCGCUGUCCCCUCUGCCUCCUGUAAAUGGCCAGGAGAAAGGGCUCCAGGCCUUACCGGCAGAAACACCGUCAGGCCCCCACAUCCACCCCCCCUCCCCCCAGGCUACCAGCUCACUGUCUGUGCCUUCUCCACCACCCAGCAGCUGUCUCCUCCACCUGGGACUUGUGUGUCUGCCAGGAAGCAGAGACAGGACAGGCAGAGCUGUGAUUGAGGUGUAUGGGGACCAUCAUGGCUGGAAGUCACCUUUGGUGUCCAAGCAGGAGCUAUGCAAUCUACUGCUUCACUUGCACUCAAUUCCCAGGAAGGAGGUUCGAAAUCUGGGAAUGACAGUAGUCAUAGAUGGAAGGAAGAAAUCACCUCCAGAAACGCUGUUCAAAGCUCUGCUAACGAUUCAGGCUUCGGCCCAGGUGCAGGCCCCACACAUCAUCCACAGUGUCCUUAUGCUGGUGGACAAAGAGACCAGCCCUCGUCCAGAACGCCACCCUGGGCAACAGAUGGAUGUUGUCACCUCGAUGAAGGCUCUCCAUAAGUCAGUGGAAGGACAGCAGCUGACGUCAACGCUGGACGGCACCUUCCCUUACAGCCACAGCGAUUGGCUGAAGCUCUAUCAGAAACUAGAUCCUUUCGUGUCAGACUUGCGUGAAGCCUCUAGUUUGCUCCAGAGGGCCAUUGAGAGACUCGCAGACCUCAGAGGAGUGGACACAGUGCAGGAGGUCCAGCAGUGCAUCAGGGAGCAGAAGGCUUUGAUGAAGGAGGUGCUGGAGGACACUCGAUUGGUGGCCCUGCAGAGAGAGGGCGGGGCCACGCUGGCCAGGCUGAAAAAGGAGACCAGAUUCCCUCAUUCCGAGGACUAUCGGGAUGCCAUGGACUCAGUGACCAGCCUGUAUGAUCAGGUAGAGGAGCAGGUUCACUGCCUGGUGAUGAAGUCCAAUGAGAGUCUGCAGCAUCUGGACUUCCUGCUCCAUCUCAGAGGUUUGGAGGACAGGUUCAAGAGGGCCAUGGGCUGGUUCACUGAAGAAGGAGAAUGGCAGCUUGUGGAAGCGAAUGCAGGUCUGGACACACUGGAGAGGGUGGAGCAGACACGUCAGCGGUUCAGCACCUUCCUUGCACAGACCAGCGAGCAAAACCAGCAGGCUCUGGCUUUGAUAGCUGAAGCAGAGAAGGUGGAGGGGGCGUCCUAUCGCGAGACUGGGGCAUUUCGGUCAAUGGUGCGCACAUUCAAGGCCAGCCUUGCUGACUUCUCGCAGAGGGCAGAGCGGUGUCGCACUGAACUGGAGACCAUGGCCAACCUGUACCGCUUCUGUGAAAAGGCUACUGAGCUUGCCAAGGAAUGCAGACAAUAUAUGGACCAGGCACAGCCUGGAUGCUAUUCAGCAAAGACUCAUCAGAGUGCACUGAAGCGUUUCCAGGAGCGGUUUGGUGAAUUUUCUGCCGAGCACUUCAAUGAUGCUAAGGCCCGGGCUAGCGCUUGCUCAAGGGGAGUGAGGGUAUGGAAUGUGGCCUGGCUCCGGUGCCAGGAGGUCAGGGAGCAGCUGGAGGAGAGGCUGCGGGAGGCUGACAGAGCCCAGAGGCCCGUGGUGGGGAUGGCAGAGCCCAGGUGUCAGGUGAAGGCCGAUAGAAGCCUGUCAGAGCCCUCUCCCGCGGACGUUCGGCGGGCGGCGGAGAGCGCCGGAGCGGGCCUGCCGGGGGGCCGGCGUGUCAGCGAGGGCGACAGCGCCGGGGUGACGUGCUUUCAGUUCACCCCCCGUGGCAGUGGAGCCAAAACAACGGAGGACUCCGAGCUCCCUGCAUCAGAGCUCCCAAAACCCAGAGCGGAAGAGGAGAGCGGCCUGACUGCAGAGGAGCGCGAGGGCGACGCGGGGUUUGGGGAAGACGACCCUGCCAAGGGGGUGGCGUGCCACCAGGCCCUGGGCCGGUCACUGAGCGAGGGUUCCAGCAUCAGCUCCUCCCAGGUCGAGCCUCAGGAGGAGUCAGCCCGGCCCCUGGACCCGGGCCCCGCCCUGGGCCUCUCCUGCGCUCACGGACAGCCCUCCUGCCGCAUCCUGAAGGCCGCGCAGCACUACCAGAUCUCCCGCCACGGCAGCUUCUGCGCCAACGAGCCCUGCCCCCUCAGCGACCCCGAGACCCCCGCCGGGCUCGGGCAUGAGGGCCAGACCCCCGCGUCAGACCCCUGUGACCACGGCAACAGCAUGCUGAAGCUGCAGCGGAUCGUGGAGGAGCUGCUGGCGACGGAGCGGGAGUACGUGCGCUCGCUGGGCUACGUCACGGCGCACUACAUCCCCGAGCUGGAGCGCUCCGACGUGCCCCAGGCCCUCAGGGGCCAACGCGGCUGCAUCUUCGGGAACCUGGAGAAGCUCCACGACUUUCACCUGCUGUCCUUCCUCCCGGCGCUGGAGGGCUGCGCCACAGACCCACGCGGCGUGGGCCGCUGCUUCCUCCGACACAAGGAAGGCUUUGCUCUUUACGCGCUCUACAGCAAGAACAAACCACAGUCAGACAUCCUGCUGAGUCAGCAUGGACAUGUCUUCUUCAAGCAGAAACAGACGGAGCUGGGGGAUAAGAUGGACCUGUGGUCUUACCUGCUGAAACCUGUCCAGAGGAUCAGUAAGUACAGCCUCCUCCUGCGGGACAUGGCGAGGGAGUGCGGGCCCCAGCGCGCCCGUGAGAGGGCCGAGAUCCAGGCCGCCCUGGAGGUCAUCCGCUUCCAGCUGCGCCAUGGCAACGACCUCCUGGCCAUGGACGACAUUCAAGACUGUGAUGUGAACCUCAAAGACCAGGGUCAGCUGAUCCGUCAGGAUGAAUUUCUGGUGUCCUUCAGGAAGAAGAAAUGCUUCCGUCAUGUCUUCCUUUUCCAAGACCUCAUCCUCUUCAGCAAAACCAAGAAGACAGAAGUAGGAAAUGACGUGUACAUCUACAAGCAGUCCUUCAAGACCUCUGACAUUGGUAUGACACACACCUCUGGCAGUAGCGGGCUGUGCUUUGAGAUCUGGUUUAGGCGGAGGAAGGCCCAAGACACCUACAAUCUCCAGGCUGAGAACGAUGAGCUGAAGAAAGCCUGGACUAACGACCUGGAGCGGAUUCUGUGGGAGCAGGCCAUGCACAACAGAGAGAUCCGGAUGCAGGAACGGGUGUUCAUGGGAAUUGGCAACAAACCCUUCAUGGACAUAAAGCCGAGUGAUGCGGCAAUCAGUGAUCGCGUGCUGACCGGAGGAGAACCCAAGGUUUCAACGUCCUCUGGGGGUUCAGGGACUAAGGGAGCUCUCGUUUUGCCACGCCCUAAUUCUAUUGGAUCAGGCAGCAGUGCAUCAUCUUCUGAAAGUCGCUCCUCUUUCUCCUCUGGGCGAGGGUCCCUGUCUGCCAUUGGCUACCUAUGCGACCAAUCCCAGACAGGCACCAGCCAUGGCCUCUACUCAGCCACAACAGCUUUGGAGGAUGAUGAUCUGGACAAUGAGAACGAGAGCUUUCAUCUACUGUUGGACAGCUCAGAAUCGUCUGGGGAGAGUGUGAGUGGAUUCAGCAGCUCUGAUCAAAUCUGUCUGUCUGUGAUUGGUGGAGAAGCCGAAGACACAUCCUCUGUGUCUUCCACUCAUUCCUCGGGGAAAAACCACGCCCACCAAAUUCUACAAAGUCUCCGUGCUCACGCCUCUCCUGUUCUGCCCCGGCAGUGGUCUUUUUCUUCACCCAUACAGAGGCCUAAAAUGAGCCCCAAGCGCUCUGGAAAGGCUAAGGAUACUGGAAAAUCUACAGAAGUAUAACAUGGUAAAUGUGACGUCGUGUCUGUGCCCUCCCCCAGUGCAGAGGGGUCUGGAGACUGCGUAAAGUGGAACUGUGAAGGUUUGAUGUCACGUUGCAAAUGUGGAUUGUCUUAAGAAGGGAAGGACAAUCAUUUGAUCGCCCGGCCAUUCCUAUCACCAUAAAACCAACUGCCUCACCAGUAUUCUUCACAUUGAAAGCUCACUAAUAGACUGGUCUGAUGUUACUGUAAUGGGGUUUCUACUUACUACAUAUGGCAUCAGCUAGUCGAUAGCCAUGAAUCAUGUUUUUUAUUUUUUAUUUACUGUUUGAGUUUUAUUUUGUAUGUAUGUAUCAGCCUUAGAAAUUGAAUAAUAUUACCACCGUGGUCUUGAAGUCUGUAUCCUUUAUCAUAUAUUCUAAUAAGAGGAAGUCCAUUUUAAAAUUAUGCCAGCUGUCAGGAAACUAGUUUUUGUUUUAUAAAGUAACCUUCUUCUGUAACCUCAAAAUAUAUUUUUUCAUUGUCAUUUUCAUUUUGUGAAACUCAAAACAAGAAUUCUGAUACCAAAAAGUCAUUUAGACAUUCAUGAAAAAUUAAUAAAAUUAAAUAUAAUUAUUUGACACUUAUCUUCUCUCUUGUGUCUUGGUUAUUUAUGGGGAAAAUGUUUGCACAGAAAAAAAUAGAAACCUAAAUCACAAAUUCCUUAAUCUGUGAUGAAUUUUGGCAAUGAGACUAUCAAGGCAGCUGCUCACCUGUAUAUCAUUUAUAAUUUCAUAAUAGCUACCCUCUGUUGAAACUCCACUUGCAUUACUGGCAAAAAGAAAAGGUGCUAAUGAUUUCAAGACCAUUUUCUUUUAUUGUCUCUGCAUGGUAAAAUAAGUGUAUUGGGGCUUAUUAAAACAUUGUUUAAUCUUAUUUCUAUAAGAAAACAACAAUAGAGUGAUUUUGUAAUGGAGUAUUCAUUGAAAAUAAUGACACACAUAAAUGUUGUCACAGUCUUGAGUUGACAGUUGGGUUCCCAUCAGACCACAGGCUUAUCCUGUUUGGCACAUGACUGUUUGACUGACUCUUAAUGAUGUGAAGAUAAUGGGAACCAUUGUGGAAAGAAGUAUUUGCACUUUUUUUUCUUCUUUUUAUCAGAAGAUGCAGUGUACAUUGACUACUUAUAAAUGUGGCAUGCACCCUACAGAACAUGAAUUCCAGAUGCGAGACAUGUUGCAUGAAAAUGAGAACAUGCAGUUCACUAAUUUAACAGCGAAUUGCUUGAUGGAUCAGAGCCAACUUCAAGCCAUCUUGUCUCUAGAUCAGGAAAGUACCAUCACCUAGGUCUUGCCUGAGUGGUGAUUUAAAACUGGCCCAGUACAAACCUGACUUUGAGCUCCAUGAAGGGCAACUUACCAAAUAAUAUCAGUGAUUUAAAAGAAUAUUCCAGCAUCCACUAAUCAUAAAAUAUUUCCAGGGUGUCAGAUAGAUACAAAUGUAUUAUAGACUACAGUAGAAGAUGGCUGCCUUCACGGAAACUAUUACUUGGGUCUUGUUGAAGACAUUUCUAUAUUGGAGAUGUUAUCAUUUUGAUUUUAUUUCAUAAUUCAUUUCUGAAAUGCAUUGUUUUUUGCUUACUUCCCUGGCUUGUUUGACCCUUGACAUUAUAUUUAU